GGCGGCGGAGGCAAAAUGGCGGCGGUGGUACAGAAUGUGGUGAAGCUGCUGGGUGAGCAGUACUACAGGGACGCCAUGGAGCAGUGCCACAACUACAACGCCAGGCUGUGCGCCGAGCGCAGCGUCCUCCCAUUCCUGGAUUCACAGACCGGAGUGGCUCAGAGCAACUGCUACAUCUGGAUGGAGAAGAGGCACCGCGGCCCAGGUUUGGCGGCAGGGCAGCUUUAUUCCUAUCCUGCACGGCGCUGGAGGAAGAAACGCCGCGCUCAUCCUCCGGAGGAUCCCAGGCUCUCCUUCCCGUCCAUCAAACCAGACACCGACCAGACCCUCAAGAAGGAAGGCCUGAUCUCACAGGACGGCAGCAGCCUGGAGGCUCUGCUCAGGACAGACCCCCUGGAGAAACGCUCCCUCCCCGACCCCCGCAUGGACGACGACAGCCUGGGCGAGUUCCCCGUCACCAACAGCCGCGCACGGAAGCGCAUCCUGGAGCCGGACGAUUUCCUGGAUGAUUUGGAUGAUGAAGACUACGAGGAAGACACACCGAAACGGAGAGGGAAGGGGAAAGCAAAGGGCAAAGGCGUCGGAGGAGCCCGUAAGAAACUGGACGCGGCCAUUUUGGAGGACAGGGACAAACCCUACGCGUGCGACAACAGUUACAAACAAAAGCAUUCCCUGAAACCUCCCGACCGAGUCUGUGGGAAGCGCUACAAGAACCGGCCUGGGCUCAGCUACCACUACGCGCAUUCGCAUCUGGCCGAGGAGGAGGGAGACGACAAGGACGACUCGCAGCCCCCGACCCCCGUGUCCCAGAGAUCUGAGGAGCAGAAAUCCAAAAAAGGCCCCGACGGCCUGGCGCUGCCCAACAAUUACUGCGACUUCUGCCUGGGCGACUCCAAGAUCAACAAGAAGACGGGGCAGCCUGAGGAGCUCGUGUCCUGCUCCGACUGCGGCCGCUCCGGUCACCCCUCGUGCCUGCAGUUCACACCGGUGAUGAUGGCGGCGGUGAAGACGUACCGCUGGCAGUGCAUCGAGUGCAAGUGCUGCAACAUCUGCGGCACCUCUGAGAAUGAUGACCAGCUGCUCUUCUGUGACGACUGUGACCGCGGUUACCACAUGUACUGCCUCACCCCCCCCAUGUCGGAGCCCCCCGAGGGGAGCUGGAGCUGCCACCUGUGUCUGGACCUGCUGAAGGAGAAGGCCUCCAUCUACCAGAACCAGAACAACUCCUGAUGCCC